AUGGGCGCAGAGGACAAUACGCAGAUUGAGGCCCAGCCUGGGGUCCAGUCUCAGCCUCCAAGCGAAUACACACUCAGAGCAAACCUGACCAUCCUCGGCGCCUUCACCGGACUCUUUUGCACAGUCGGAUUUCUGAACUCCUUUGGCGUAUUCGAAGCAUAUUAUAUGCAGUACCAACUCGCCGACGAAACAGAAACAACCAUCGCAUGGAUCGGAGCCCUCAGUAUCUUCUUCAUUUUCUCCAUUUCAGUCAUAUCCGGUCCGAUGCUUGAUUUCUUUGGUCCGGGGUUGAUGCUGUAUGUGGGCUCCUUCGGAACGGUCUUUGCCAUGAUGAUGGCCUCUUUAUGCAAGGUGUUGUGGCAGUUUAUUCUCGCUCAGGGUAUCCUACUUGGCAUCUCGAUGGCUUUCCUGGUCACUCCCAUGCUUGCCCUUGUCGGCCAGCAUAUAAAAGUCAAACGCGCCGCUGCCAUGGGAAUCGUCAUCGCCGGUUCUUCUCUGGGAGGUGUCAUAUGGCCCAUCGUGAUUAGAGAAUUGCUGCAGAAGCCCAACAUCGGCUUUCCAUGGACCAUGCGAAUUUCGGGAUUCAUCAUGCUCCCUCUUUUGUUGAUCUCUUGUGUCUGCUGUCGUCCCGCACCCGCGCCGCCAUCAACACAGCUCACCAAUGAAGAUCAACCAGCAUCAACCUCCAAGGAACCCAAAACCCCUCCAAAGACUGACCUCUCCAUCCUCAAACAGCUCAAGAUGCAACUAACCUGCCUGUCCUUCUUCAUCAUCUACUUCGGAAUGUUCUCGCCCUUUUUCUUCACCACGUCCUACGGUACCAAGAUGGGAUUCUCGGACGAUUUGUCCUUCUACACCGUCUCGAUCGUCAACGGAGCAUCUUUCUUCGGCCGUAUUCUCCCCGGUAUCGUCGCAGAUAAAUAUGGGAAAUUCAAUUGUUGUAUCGUGGCGACUUGCUUCGCGGGGGUUAUUGCGCUGUGCUGGACGAAGGCGACUUCUGUGGCGGGAUUGGUGGUUUGGUCUGCUGCUUAUGGCUUUGCGUCUGGGGGUAUUUUAUCCCUGCAACAGGCCUGCGCAGCCCAGGUUGCUACGUCUCAGACCCUUGGACUGGCCAUCGGGGCUGUUAUGGGCUCUACUUCCUUAUCGGCAAUGGCUGGAAUUCCGAUCAGCGGCCAGCUGGCUGGAAAAUACGGAUACUUGGCGCUUUCGAUUUACUCCGGAGUGAGUCUCCUGGUAGGAGCUGUUCUUCUGGUGAUUGCACGGCUGGCGCAGAAUCGGAAGUUGUUUGCUAUCGUCUAGCGCGCCAUCUAGCUUGCGACGCAUGAUCGAAAUAACUAUAAUGAAUAGCUUUGGCUUCGAUUAAUACACCCGAAAGAAACUGGCCCAUAGUACACCGUAAACCAAUUAAUCCUAUGAUAUCCUCCGAAUAACUUCCAUAGUCCUCUCGUAAACGCUAAACCCCCCCUCACUGAAUCACACAACCGGCCAGUCACGGAUUCUCCGCCUUAGGCGGAUACGCCUUCCCCUCGCGUUCAACCUGC